UGCUAUCAGUUGUGUAGGACCUUUGAUCGACCAAGGUGACCCCUGCUGUCACUUGUCCGUGGCUCAUUCUCGUUCAGUUGUCCGUCAGUUUUGACAGCGCUAGCAUCUUCGCUCCUCUAUACCCUCGUAUUGCACCAGCGCCAAUAUGACCACCUACUUCAACUACCCCCCACCCGAGCUGCAGGAGGAGCUCAAGAAGAUCGCCCAAGCCAUCGUGGCUCCAGGCAAGGGCAUCCUGGCUGCUGACGAGUCCGUGGGUACCUGCGGUAGCCGUCUCAAGGACAUUGGAGUAGAGAACACUGAGGAGAAUAGACGACUUUACCGACAACUCCUGUUCUCCACUGACCCGGCGAUAGCAGAACACAUCUCCGGAGUGAUCCUGUUCCACGAGACAUUGUACCAGAAGGCUGAUGACGGAACUCCCUUAGUGGAUUUGCUUAACAAGCGAGGCAUCCUCCUCGGCAUCAAGGUUGACAAGGGAGUUGUUCCUCUCUUCGGCUCAGAGGACGAAGUCACCACCCAAGGACUUGAUGACUUGGCCCAAAGGUGUGCCCAGUACAAGAAGGACGGAUGCCAAUUCGCCAAGUGGCGUUGUGUCCUGAAGAUUGGCAAGAACACUCCUUCUUACCAAGCUAUUUUGGAAAACGCCAAUGUUCUGGCACGUUACGCUUCCAUCUGCCAAUCCCAACGCAUAGUUCCAAUUGUUGAGCCUGAGGUGUUGGUUGACGGAGACCACGAUAUAGACAGAGCACAGAAAGUGACAGAGACAGUUCUUGCAGCUGUUUACAAGGCACUCAACGACCACCACGUCUACUUGGAAGGCACCCUCCUCAAGCCCAACAUGGUCACUUCAGGCAUGUCAGCUGCUAAGAAGUCCACCUAUGAAGAGAACGCUCGUGCUACUGUUCAAGCUCUCUCUAGAACUAUGCCUGCUGCUGUCCCGGGAGUGACAUUCUUGUCCGGUGGUCAAUCCGAGGAAGAUGCCUCAGUCAACUUGGAUGCCAUCAACAAACUGCAGGGUAUUCCCAAGCCCUGGAAACUCACCUUCAGUUACGGACGUGCCCUUCAGGCUUCAGUGCUGAAGGCGUGGGGAGGAAAACCUGAAAAUGUGAAAGCUGCACAGGCUGAACUUCUGAAGCGUGCAAAGGCUAAUGGAGAAGCGUCUCUGGGCAAGUAUGAAGCCGGUUCCAUCGCUGGAAAGGCUGGCGACUCCAGUCUCUUCAUCAAGAACCAUGCUUACUAAAAACACUACUCCGUUUAUAUUUUCAUUAGAUUUAUUUUUUUAAGCAUUUUUCAUAAAUAUAGUUUUUAACACUGACAACAAAGUCAGCUAUUUAUUUUUCAAUCAUUAUUUCACUGUCAAUUAUGUUUCUAUUGUCAGUUGUUUAUUAUUGAACACAAAAUCAGUUACCAAUCAUUAUUUCAAUUCUUAUGCAUGAUUUAGCUAUUUAACAAUUUAAAAUGUCUUAUAUAUUAUUAUUUUAAUGUCAUUCAUUAUAAUAUAUGUACAUGUUAUAGAUAUUUACCAUAGCAAACUUAUUUUUAUGAGUGAUCCUAAAAGAGAUAAAUUUCAGAUCCCAUAAAAAUUAGUCUUGCAGUGGUAAGAAACCUAUCGUUAUACAGUAUAAACAAAAGGCUCUCCAGAGGCUAAAAUGAACAGCAAACAUACCAUUAUGAAUCCAAAUCCUUUUUAUGUUUUCUGUUUUGUUUUUGGUAAGACUGUAAUGUAGAGACUCCAGUUGUACACCGAGUAAGUAGGGAAAAGAUGUUCUCAGGCAAAAGGUUAAGCCGGACGUGGACAGGAAAGCGUCGUCUAUUGUCUAAUUCUAGAUUCUAUGUUUCAUGUUGCUAAUGUCUACUGCUUAUCCUUUAAUAUUUCUCUGCGUAUAUUUUAGGGUUAUAUUUUAAAUUAGUAGCAUUGUUGUAAUAUUUGUGUGAAUGAAUGAAAGCUAGAAAUGCAGGCAUGUAUAUACAACUUAAUUGUUUGAUGUAAAAACAUAACAUUACUUGAUUUGUUGUGUAACUAUAAAAUAUCUAUCAGUGUUGACUUAAAAUGUAACUCACCACCAAAUUGAUUGCCAUGAGGAUAAAAUAAAGUACCAUAUUAUACAAUGA